GUGUUUUUGUCCCUCAUCGUAUUUAUUUUGAGGAUAUCGUCAUCUUUGUAAACUGAUGCAACCAGCAUGGCAAUGAUGAACAAUUACCACCACUCAAAGAUGGACGGAUCCUGGGUGUAUGCUAACAUCACGGGCCCUGGUCCGGGCCACAACACCAUCAGCACAUCGACCCAGCACGUCCGCAAUUUCUUCGACCUGUCUGGCCAGGCCCUGAGCGGGGCUGGUGCCGGGGACAUCAUCCACUUCUCUCGCUACACGGGCAAGGUCGUCCUGGUAACCAACGUGGCGUCAGCCUGCUACCUCACAACACGGGAGUUCACUCAGCUAAACAACCUGAUGCAUCUGUACGGCCUACACGGCCUGGUCAUCUUAGCGUUCUGCUGUAAUCAAUUCGGACACAGCGAGCCGUUUGAGAAUGACGAGAUUGUGAAGUGUCUGAGAUACGUCCGGCCCGGACCGCCAUUUCAGCCCAGUUUCCAAUUGUUCGUGAAGUGCGAUGUGAACGGGUCCCGGACCCACCGCGUGUUCGACUUCCUGAAAGACAGACUACCCUACCCCAGCGAUGAUAACACUAUGCUGGUCGCUGAGUCGUCAGAAAUCACAUGGAACCCAGUCAAACGUAACGAUAUCACGUACAACUUUGAGAAGUUCCUGAUUGGUCGAGACGGACAGCCGUACCGCCGUUACAGUUACAAGACUCCCCCCUCCAGGCUGCACCAGGACAUCAAGAGACUCCUGGGAAUAGAGUAA